AUGGGGAAAGUUUCGAAGGCCACGAAGAAGUUUCAAACCAAACACUUGAAGCAUACCUUGGAUCACAGGAAGAAGCUAAAGGACCAUGCCCAGAAGACCAAAGGCCGUAGAGGCAACAAAUCACAGCAGGAGAAGCAGGAGGCAGCGCUAACAAAGCAGGACCAGCAACUUAGAAACUCGUCCAAGGAAGAGGUGUUCAAAGAUAUGAGUGUGGAAGACUUUUUUGCAGGUGGAUUCGAAGUGCUUAAGGCCAGUAAAGCCAACAAACAUGCAGCCAAAAAGCAGCAGAAGCAGGAUGGGAAGAAAGACGAAGAUGAAGAUGAGGAUGAUGAGUCUUCUAGUGAGGACGAGGCUGGCAUGGCUCAAAAUAUGGCCACUUUGGCAGAAAAGGACCCAGAAUUCCACAAAUACUUGCAGGAAAACGACAAAGCGCUGUUGGAUUUCCAGGGCACGAACCCGCUGGACGGUAUAAGCGGUGACGAGGACGAGGAAGAGCAGGAAGAAAAAGCUCAGGAAGACGACGUCAAGGUCUCAGCACGCCAAUCCGAAAAUGGUGUCGCCAAGGAAACGGUCGAGGUCGACCUCAAGCUUGUCAAAAAGUGGAAGAAAGAGCUGGCAGCAUCGUCCGUUAACGUCAAGCUGAUCAGAAACAUCGUUUCGGCCUUCAAGGCCGCAGUCAACGCCAACAAAGAAGACUUGGUAGACACCUACAAGUUUGCCGUCAUCGACGGCAAAGCGUUCCAAGAGCUCAUGUUCGUUGCGCUCCAGGACAUGCCCACAGCCAUUAUGAAAACGCAUCCUUACCAGAUCAGCAAAGGCUCCAGAACUCUACCGAACAACAGCAACGUGACAAAAAUUGCCGCUGUGCUGAAAUCGCACGCGGGAUCCAUGAUCACCAUGCUCCAGGAUAUUACAAACACCGAGUCUGCUGCCCUUGUGCUGCACUCUUUGGAUCAGAUUUUGCCCUACUUUUUGUCCCAUAGGAGAAUCAUCAAGGAAAUCAUCAGAGUAAUCGUCGAGCUAGGCGCCACCACGCGAGACUUGGAGACGCAAAUCGCGGCUUUCGCAUUUUUGAAUAACUCCUCGAGAGAAUUCAAGAAAUCGUUGUUGGACACCGUUCUCAAGACCACGUAUUCCUCGUUCAUCAAAAGCUGUCGUAAAACCAACAUUCGUACCAUGCCUUUGAUCAACUUCCAGAAAAACUCAUCUGCGGAGCUGUUUGGCAUUGACGAGGUUCUUGGCUACCAAAUUGGAUUCGAAUACGUGAGACAGUUGGCUGUGCACUUGAGAAACAGCAUUAACGCCACCACUAAAAAAUCUGCCAAGACCAACCCUGUCGAUGCUUACAAGAUUGUAUACAACUGGCAGUUUUGCCACUCGCUCGACUUCUGGUCCCGAGUUUUGUGCGCUCAGUGCAACCCAGAAAAGGAAAACGGCAAGGAGUCGCACUUGAGGCAACUGAUCUACCCCUUGGUGCAAGUCACCAUUGGUGUGAUCAGACUAAUUCCAACUGCUCAGUUUUUCCCGUUGAGAUUCUACCUGAUCAAAUCGCUCAUCAGACUUUCCCAAAACACCGGCGUGUUCAUCCCAAUCUACCCACUCCUUGCAGAGAUUCUGUCGUCCACUGCUUUCUCCAAGGUUCCCAAGAAGAGGUCCACCCUGCCUGCUUUUGAUUUCGAGCAUAACAUCAAGUGUAACCAAGGUUAUUUGGGCACCAAAGUGUACCAGGAUGGCCUCGGAGAGCAGUUUGUCGAGCUGACGUGCGAGUACUUCGUCCUGUACUGCAAGAGCGUCUCAUUCCCCGAAUUGACCACUCCUGCUUAUAUAGGUCUGCGUCGCUACGUCAAAGCCUCCAAAAACAGCAAGUUCAACAAGCAGAUCAGCAACGUGCUUGAGAAAGUGAAGCAGAACUCUGACUUUAUUCUCAACAAAAGAUCCGAAAUCGACUUUAGCCCAACCAACAGAGGCGAGGUAGAACGCUUCUUGAACGACUUGUCUUGGGACAAGACUCCUCUAGGUUCUUAUGUCCAAGUUCAACGUGAAGUCAAGGAGGAGAAGGCCAAAAUCAUCAGAGAAAGUUUGGAGGAAGACGACGAACAACAAGCCAAACGUCAAUCCUACUCUGCGGACGAUGCCGAAGACGUCGAGAUGUCUGAUGCUUAA